AUGUCGGACAUUUCUGACCUCAAUGUCGAUCUCAAUAAAUUAGAUAAUAAGUACUUUGUGGACCCGGAAAAGUGUACUCAGGGUGAAAAGCCUGACAAUCCUAGCAGUUUCACCAAGACAGCCAAAGCAAGAGAGGGGAGAUCGACCCAGGUAUACAAUAAGCGCACAUACGCCAGACUGGUGGCCGGAUGUUUGGCAUUCGAUGACCAAUUCGGCAAAGUGUUGAUGAUUUCAUCGUCCAAGCACAAGGAUAAGUGGAUCUUUCCUAAAGGAGGUAUCGAGUACGAUGAGAUGGCUGAUUUCAGACAGACAGCUAGAAGAGAAACGUGGGAGGAGGCUGGCGUUUUGGGAAGGAUCUCACGUAAGCUUCCAGUAGUGGAGGACCAUCGCUUUUUACAGAAGAAGAAAGUUGACAAGCAAUUCCGCGGAGUUGAUCUCACGAUGGACGGUAGCCGAAUUCCGAGAUCCGAGUUUCAUUUCUACGAGAUGCAGGUGACUGAAUUGAGCCAGGAUUGGCCUGAGAUGCAUAAGCGCCACCGUAAAUGGUGUACCUAUGGGGAAGCAAAACAUGAGUUGAUCCGGGCAGAUCGACCAGAGCUUCUUUCUGCUUUGAAGGAUUCUCGUAUCAUCAAGGACUGUACAUCAGUGAAGAUUGAUGAACAUUCGAAUACGAUUUUGGAUGCUAAGCCGGACAAAGAUGAUUACUAA